AUGCGUGCGGCUGCCGACUGGCUCUCGAUCGCGGCAGUAUGCGCAGCAGACCGCGCAUCUGCCCGAGUGACGCUCGUAUCUCCCGCGCGCUCUAGAAGCUCCAUGGAAGUGGCCGGAGACGCACACCUUGUUAGUGAUGCCUUAGCAAUCGCUCGCCGUCCCCGUCGCCUGCUCCUCUGGCCUGCUCCUCCCGACGCGACUGCUGCUGGGUCCACUAUCCCGACCGGGCAGCUCUCGCCGCCCUGCCCUGCAUCUCACCGCAAAGCAUACCGCUCAGUCGACGCACGACGACGCAAGACGGUGGCGCGUCGAAUCGGACCACUGCCUCGCGUCGGUCCGAGCGCACCGUUUCGAAACAGCACAGCAUCAUGCCAUGACUUGACAACCAUUUCCCGCGACGUCCACGUACCAGCGCCCUGUGCUGCUGGCUAUUUGGGUACUCUCCAAGCCCUGGGGUACAGCUUAGCGGCCCCACAACCAUCAUGGACGCUGCCGUGA